CUUAAGCAUUCCCCGGCCUAUAAAAGCACGCUCUAAAGCACAUUUUAAUACCACCAAUCAAUCAUUCUUAGUUGCAAUGCAUAUUCAGAACAUUCUUAUAUUCUCUUUGGUCGUCUGCAGUGUGCAGAUUAGUGCCCAGAGCAUCGAUUGCGAUGAGAUUUACAAGAGCUGCAUAAAACGUGAGAAAACUGUUCCUCAAACAGAUGAACGAGAAAAUAAUAACUGCCCCAAAGAGGUGGAAAAACGCUGGAUCUGGCGCAAUCUCACACAAUGUGAGAUGCAACGUCUGUACUGUCAAAAUCCUGGAAGGCAGUUUACUUGUGAUGCUAUAGCCGAGAUGGCUAAUAUGAAACCCAGGCGUUUGACUCGUUGCAUCACUUGCGAGCCUCCUCGGUCUACUCGACGCACCUCACGGCGAACUACUCGCAGCAUAACGCGUCGCCCCACUCGCCGAACAACUCGCCGCACAACUCGUCGAACUACUCGACGCCCCACUCGUCGCCCCACACGCCGCACGACUCGCCGCACCACUCGCCAUACAACUCGUCGAACUACCCAUCGCACUACUCUUCGACCCUCUACUAGACCUACCACUACCACCUCUACAACACAAAGAACCACUACACGUCAAACCACCCGCAGAACUCCGCCGCGUAUAACAACACGUAGAUCUACUCGCAAACCUUCUAUUCCUUAAAGUAACAAGUCUAGUUGCAAACAUUAAAUAAUAUAGAACAUCUAUGUCACAAUCUUUAAUAUUCUUUUGAUGCUUUUAUAAAAACCAUUCCAUUCAAAUUUGCGAG